AUGCCUUCGCCAACUCCCCGGCGAGGGCCGACUGUCGAUCUAGAGCCACCACCGGCAUUACAGGCAGCUGCAGGAAACCACCAGCUGCUGUUCAAGAAACACAAGGUGCUCCCGCACCCAAGGAAAGAUGCUUCCUACGCUGGCCUCCGCGGUCCUCGUCCUAUGGCAUCGUCUGCUGCUACGAUGUCUGCUGUCAACGGCGCUCUCUCCGAUGUCGACGCGCACCAUCUCGGUUCCCAUGCUGCGAAACGGCACAAGGAACUAGGAAACGGCCCCGACUUGCCUCCUACACCUCCUGCGCAUUCGCGGAAUUCGUCAUCGAGCUACUCGAUCCUGCCGUCCAAUGCCACGUGUGUACAGAGUCUCGAACGCAGCUCCGAAAAUGUCCAAAUCAAGCCGCCGCCACCGAUCACGCCAACAAAGCAGAUGAGUCCCCCGACGCCGGACGUCACUCCUCCCAGCAUUGUUGGGCCAGAAAGCCGUCCGAAAGGCCUGGCCAUGCGGACUGUCGUUCGAGAACGUGGAUUCUCCAAGGGCACAAAUGAUUCUCAAUCCGAGUCGUUCGAGACUGCUCCUGAAAAUCCAUCGUCGGAAGAAGAGGAUGAUAGCGAUGGUCGGUCAACCCUGCGGCACAAUGUGCCCUCCUCGGUCAGGACGUCGGAAAGCACUGUUCGGCGUAUCGUUGUUGCAACUGAAGUUGAUGAUGCUGUCAUGGCCGGAAUGACGGCCAACGAAACGGCCCCGACAGGAGCUGCCCAAAACGCCACAAUGACUAAAACAAGGCAGCCACUUGCCGUAGGAUUGGGCCUUGGCUUAGAGUCUAGUCCUGAGGGGAGUCUGACGCUCCAGACCAAACGAGACUUUGUCAGUUUUGAUGGCGAGUGGGUCGCUACAGUAAAUGACGAGGUAGUUCAGGAAUGGGAUGGCAACCUUGAUCGGAAUGUUGUCGUCGCUCGGAAGUGCCGUGGCCCGCGUCAAAACGUUAUUGUCAGUCACAGGGACGAGGUGAUCAAGGACACCACGGCGCUUCCAACAAAAGCCGCGCUGGCUGUCCGAUCCAUGUCCCUCCCACAAAGAAUUCUCACCUUUCCCCCGCCGAAGGAAAACGGUGAACAGCCAAGACGGUCCACGAAGGAAGAGCAGCCGUUGGCUUCUGCCGCAACAAUAACUGCGCAAAUGCCGUCUUCGAGCAGCGAGAACCGCCGGGUCUCAACCAUAUCCUCCAAGUCCACCGCAUCCACCGUGAUUGAAGCGUACCUGGUCGACGCGCCAUUGCAGCGCCGGAAAACGCUGCGUCAUGUGAAGAAGCAGGUCGCCCUUCGUGACUCCGUCUCCGAUUUGUCUCCUACAAGUUCGGCGCCCCCGUCUUUGCUCGACGAUGGGGGCAAGCAGCAGCAGCAACAACGGCGCCGCAACGGCGCCCAACACGACGUCAGAAGACAGGAUAGCAUACUGUCUACCAGCACUGUCCCUAGUGUGUCAAGCAGGAGUGCAAGGCGUGAAAUACUGAAGGCGGGCGGCAUUCCCGUGAUUGUUGUGCCUGACCGGCGGUCGUCCACAAAGUCGACCAGUCGAGAGCCGUCAUUACGUUCGACCAGCAGCCGACGGUCAAAGAGGAGCCAAAGUGUGUGUUCCGUUCCCUUGUCCCAGAUCUCUGGUUCUAGAGGAAGGGAACCCUCGGGUAUCAGCCGGAGGGGUCGUGCUUACUCAGACUCGGAUGGAUCGGCGCCUGGAGACCAGCGCACCUUGGAUUACCCUCCUAUCGUGCCGAGACGAACGUCGUCCCUGUCUGCUCCUACGAGCCGGAAUGCUUCGAGGAGUGGAUCGCUGACCUCCGAAAGCGUGAAGGCGCAUGCGGAGCUCUUACAGUCCAAGCUCAAAGCACGAGAGGCAGAACUUCCGUCGGUUUUGUCCCGGCUAUCACGGGAGGAUGCGUCGGCGAAAACAAGCGAUGAUUCUGUGUUCGAGACUAAGGAGCCGAGGAAAGCUAUGAACCGGGGCCCUGUUCGAGAAACUGCCCGCGUUCUGAUCCCUAAAGUCAACUUGGCGACUGUGCCGGCACUGAAGACGGACACGCACGAGCGCGAGAAUGGUUAUGAUGGGCAUCACGACUUUCGAGCGCAGUUUGAUCCCAACAUGCAUCUCUCUCCACAAAACACGCCGUUCUCGUUUGCUUCAGUCGACACUGCCACAUCACACCAUUCCCAUGCUGAACUAUCCGAGGCCAUGGCGGUAAGCAUUUUUGCGCACCAGAACACGUCCAUCCUCAUGGUAGACCAUUCAACCCGACCGUCUGAAUGCUCAUCUGAGACACAACCGGAUCGCGCGACGGACUCGAGCAGCAGCAGCAGGUCGAAGGACGAAGUAUCUUCCGCGCCCUCGGUAGGGUCCAGUGGCCGAUCUGGCCGGCUAGGUCGCACGUCGCUCAGACCCGACAUUAAGACGCCUAGACGUAGUCUGGUGGCAGAUGAUGGCCUCGCGACUCCCCACCCGAUCUUCUCGAUGGAUGAUGUCGACUCGCCUCUGAGAAACCCUCGGGCGCCACCUGCUCCCCCAGCAAUCAACUUUAUUCCUGCGACGCCGUCAGGAUUGACUCCGGCUCCAGAUAAGAAGGCGCAGAUGGGCAACUUUUUUGCGGACGAGUUUGAGGACAGACCGAAAAACAACGUUUCAACAGUUCUCAGGCGUGUUCUGAGCCGCGGUCGCCGCGCAGAGUACGGCCCGUCAGCCAGCCGGACUACAGGGCUCAUCGGGCGCACGCUCUCAUUGACAAGAAGCAGCCGCAGGGGUGGUUCGGGGCACAGACGAUCCGGCUCUGUCAGCCGACGCAGAGGCGUCGGUCCGGACUCUGAGCCGGCCGACGAGGGCAAGCUGCAUCCGUUCUGGAGACCGAUGUCGUUUUACAUGGGGGACGAUGGAGAUUUCGUGCGUGAUGAUGACGACGAAGACGAUGACGACGAGUACUAUCGGUACCCGCCGAUUGACAACCGUCCACAUGAACCCCGGAGGAGCCUUAGCUCACGGAUGAAGAGGACGUUUGCGAUUCUGCCACUCGAUGACAUGUACGACUCGUAUCCGGCCACAAGCGACGAGUGGCCCGAUCGCCGAACAGUCCGGCGCACUCCCAGCGGGAACUUGCGUGUAGUGAGGCAUCGGGCCAGCGACGAUGCUGCAGGCCAGACCGGGAUGCGAGAGGCCGAACGACCACAGACGGCUCCCCGGCAACAGGUUGGGUUCUGGAGGACGCCGUCGUUUCUGAAGAGGAGGACGACUGAUCCUCAGAGGGAUGCGACAGGCGACAGCGCCAGCAACAGACACACAACAUUUCCCUUUAUCAGCGACAAGGCGGGUGAGCGUGGGCUGCAGUCGAUCCCUCGGCGGAUUAGCGAACGGCGUCGUGAAAAACGGAGCAACGAAUUGCGGCAGAAGAUCAGCGGACCGCAAGAGGUGCGAGAUGGUGUUGGUGAGGUGAUCCGGCGCUCAAACUACCGGGACGCCUUUACACAAGCUCAGAUGAACUCGUGA